UUAAGGCUACAGAGCACCUGGAUUCCUAAAGAUUAGCAACAGGCAGGCGUGCUUCGGAGUGCCUGAACUCCUGCUGUAUUGUCCCAAAGCUUGUUUUUUCUUCCCUGAUUUGUGUUUCGCAACUCGACAGAGUGAGAGUGGGGGAACACAGGCGGGAUGAGUAGCGGGGGGCUUGUCUUAAGCACCCCAAAUUCAGACGAAAGAACAGCGUUUACGCCACUUAAGCCAGUCACAAUGUCCAGGGAUUCUACUGAAGACACGGCUGUCUUUGACGACAUCAAGCCCCCAAUACGGAUCCUGGAUAAUCAGCAUGAUCUGACACAGGCACAAUCCGAAAUGGACAAGUACUUCUCUGGGCAAGUGCCGUCAGUGCCAAUGGGGCCUGAUAAGAAGUAUCGCCGGGAGAGUGCCUCGGUGGUGGAUGAGUAUUUCUCGACCGAGAAGCCACCUUCCACACCCUACAGUGUGAAUAUCAAUGUGAUCCUGCCGGACACCACUCACCUGCGCACUGGGCUCUGUCGUCCCACCAAGCCCCUCCUCCCCUUCUCCCAGAUCAAAAUGGAACCUGGCACCAGCUUUGCCCAACCCUGCUCAUCCACUACUGGCUCAACCCAGACUCUGCCAGACUUUACCAGCGUCUUCAGCAUGCCCCAGUCGGUGGCAGUGAACAAUAUCUUCGUCAAGCAAGAAAUGCCCUCGGAAAUCCCUUUGUCAUCAAGCCUGCUCUACCAGUUGUCAGCUAGCCACAGCGGAGGGGAAAUGACCACAAUGGCACAUUCAACAUGCAACACUACCGCCAUCAACACCAUCACUGGUGUCGCCAUGUCCACCGGCAGCUCCAUGCUGGACUCCAGACCCCUUCCCAGGCCCAUUAGGCCAGGAGGGCAGGUCAAGCCCUUCCAACCCACCUCCCAAGGGCAAGGUGGUUUCCAGUUAGCAGGACAGUUCUAUCCGGUGCCCGGAGUGAGCCUGCCCCCUUCGCCUCCCAACUCACAGCCCGGCAGCCCCGAGAACCAGCCAGAGCUCAUUAACACCAUCUCUCCUCCACCUCCUUAUGAAGCCACUUUUGGACUGAAACUGGCUCAGCCAGGCCAGAUCCCACCACUCUCAAAUGGCCUGGGGAACCUCUCCCAGGGGCACGUCAUCAUGCAGACGCCAAAAUACAAUCGGCGGAACAACCCAGAGCUGGAAAAGAGGAGGAUCCACCACUGUGAUUACCCUGGUUGCACAAAGGUCUACACCAAAAGUUCACACUUGAAGGCACAUCAGAGAACACAUACUGGUGAGAAGCCGUACAAGUGUACAUGGGACGGCUGUGACUGGCGCUUUGCCCGCUCAGAUGAGCUCACCCGACACUACCGCAAGCACACUGGGGCCAAGCCUUUCAAGUGCGUUGCCUGUGGCCGUUGCUUCUCCCGCUCUGACCAUCUGGCUUUGCACAUGAAGAGGCACCAGAACUAAAGACAGGAGCAUCCUCGUCCCCUCACAGAGAUCCCCCUCUCAUUUUGUACAUAAGAACCAAACCGCACUGUGAUCAAAUGGCUACAUAUCUGGCUUUGCUUCUUGACACUCUGAGUGCUUUAAAAGAAAAUUAAGCCACAGACAGGAGGGUAGAUCUGGGAAUUCCAGAGCUCCGUCUCCAGAAAACAUGCAACUUCUUUUGCCCUUCAGGAGACCUUUUCUCCAGCUUUUCUGCUAGGGCUUUUUGCCUCCUGGGGAAUUUGCAAUCCUAGGAUGUUUGGACUCUUGGAUAAAAGUUAUUUCUGCAGCUGCUCACUAGUUUCAAGAAUCACUCAGAACUUCAGUGACUGUAACCUGUUUGAAACAUCAAGUUUGUGCAGAUAACAUCAUGGCCAUGAUGUUAGUACAUGUUACUAGCACAGGCCCGUGGCUGACUGAGAUGCACCUUUGCUUCAUUUGCUCCAUUCAAGUUGUGGGAGUGGAUGGGUCUGCCUUAUUUCUGUUGCUGGACACUGCUGAAGUAGAGUCGACACACUGUGCCUGUUUCCAUCACAGCCUUGGAUUCUAACCUGUUCUUUACCAGCUUGAAAAGUGGAGGAAGACCGGCAAACACUGUGGAAAGUUCCACAUUGAUUCCCAUAAUGCUCAGUGCCACUUCUCUCCCAAAAUGCACAGCUAAUCUGCCUUUUGACGUGACCACAAGAAAUUGAUUCUGUUUUUAUAGUUUGCUCUUUUCUUCUUCUUUUUUUUUUGCUGUGGACAGAUAUGGAUUUUGCCAAAUUUUAAAAGCAACUUUGGAAACAAGUUCUGGUCAUUCUUCAUCCCUAGUUGGAUUGUGUUGCUCCCCUCAAAAAGAGUUCAUGGCCUUGGAGGAACUGCUGCUGUUCUUGCUUGAAAAGAUCACAGGAUGUCCCCAAGAUGUCCAAGAAAUCAAUUAGACAGAAAGACUGAAAUGGCACAUGAAGUGCUGGCCAGGAUGACUUUAAAUGCAAUAAAGUACAACCACUCCAAGUUCAGAUCCCAUUUCAGUGCCCUCUGGAUCUAGGGAUGCUGGAUAUGGAGUAGCCCCUCCCAUCUUAGUUUGUGGAAGCUUAGUUUACCCCGGACUAUCUGUCAAGAAGGACUAGUUGGACACCUCUACAGGCGCACACACCCUUCCCCCCCUUGAGAAGCUUUUGUUCUAAUCCUGACCAAUGACAGCCAUUCCAGCUAUGCCCAUAAAUCAGCCAACAGGAAUGAUCAUCCCUGUAACCAAAACAUAUGUGGGUGGGAGCACAUAGGUGGAACAUGCCCUUUGGUCUCUGUUGUCUCAUGAGGGCACAAUGUGCCCAUGCAGCCUGCACUGCCCUCACGCUGACUCCAUGGAUUUGGGGAGCUUUGGCACAAGCACAGACUUUUGCUGCAAUUAGUUUACUGUAGAGCAAGGAAGGAUUGCAUGUGCAUUUCAGUAUGGAGGCAUGUGGGUGGAUAGGUCUAGUGCCAAGUCCUCUUCCAUCUCUCCUCCUUGGUGCCACUUUGCUUGAUCAGGUGGGUACAAACAUACUUUACUGCUGACAAUAAAUCGCAUUCACUUCUGAGUCCAUGAUUUUCUUUGAAUGCUGGUUUAAGGCCAGAGCAAUGAAAUGAGACUCUAGGUCCUGACUGUUCUCAUCUGCCCAGUAUUCGCAUGUCGCCCUCCAAGCCCUGGAGUGCCACAAAGGCGUUUUGCAAGGAAACAAAAAGCAAGACCUAUUUAUGACAUGUUCAUACCUAGUGCCUUAAGAUACUUAAGAUUUGAGUGCCAAUCCAAUCCAGAUGAAGUCUUCUUGAUUCAUUUUUAAGUCUCCCUGCUGUCAAAGGCAGAGAGUUAUACAUGUGUUUAAAUUUCCAGUUGAAGUCAAUGAGAUUUAAUGUAAGAGUACUUUAGGUGGGUAGUCAUAUCGUUCUGCAGUAAAACAGUAGGAUUUGAGUUCAAGGCACCUUAGAUCGGGUUCUUGAAAGCUUACACUCUGAAAAUCUUGUUGGUCUCUAAGGCGCCACAGGACUGAAGUCCUGCUGUUUAACAUAGGAAUUGGCAUGCUGGAGCAACGGUUCAUCUAAUCCAGCCUCUAAAUCUGGAGGUCGUCUCAUUCAGCUAUCAUGGCUAAUAGCUAAUGAUAGAGCUCCAUAAAUCUGUCCAAAACUCUUCAAAAGUCAAUGGUCAUUCUCACAUAUUGAGGCAGUGAGUUCCACAAGACUACUCAUUGUGUGAAAUAGUACUUUCUUAAAAUGGCUUGACUUUGGCUGAAUUGUGCCCCUUUUUGCUACCCUCAAAAUAGUAACAUUCUGAAAUUCAAAUUCAAAAUUCUUUGAUGCAGAAGUGAAGAGAAUGUCAGAAGCAUUUGCCUCUGAAUGCUAAAUGCUGGGGGUGGGAUACCGUGCUUGAAGGCCGUUUCCCUUAUACCCCCAUUGGAGUCUUCCCACAGGUACCUGCUGGUCACUACGGGAAACAGGAUGGACUAGAUAGAUUCUUGGCCUGAUCCAGCAAGAUUCUUCUGGUGUUUUAAUGAAAGCUGUACCCCCUUCUUCCCCUUGCGGUGGGAGGGGCAAGGCUCCUGCAUGCAAAGCAUGAGCAGGGCAACACAAGCUAAAAGCUGUAGGAAGCUCAUAAUACAGGCACUCAUUGUUCUAAAGCCCUUUUCAAGGAGGCUAGGAGGUUCUGCCAAGGGACAGUCAGAUCAUCAGCAAGAUGAUCUGGGGAGAUGGCUGAGCAGCACUCAUCUUCUCUGCACCACCCAGUUUCAUGUAGAACAAAAUGGAGGGCUCCAAUGUCUUCUGCAAUUUCUUUGUAUGUCCCCAAACAUAGGGGCAUCUUUGUAUAUACAAGGAAUAAUUGUACAGAAUUCUGUAUGCUCGAACAUCACAGGAUUAUGUUUUUCAUCUCUUUUAUAUAUAUAUAUAUGUAAUAUGAACAAAAACAGAACCUGGAAUACUGUGGUGGAUGGUUGUCUUCUGGGAGUUUUUGUUUGCUUCUUUUAAUAUAUAUGUUAAUUUACGUGAUGUUUUGUAAUAAAAUGAUGGUGGUGAAAGGGAAUGAUAUUCAUCCUUCAAUAGACUUGUCCCAUUCCUGAAGUAGUCCCCUCCCCUGAAAAACUACACAGCAAUUUGACCCAGCCAGAAGCUUCAAAAUCCACUUUCUCCUUAAGUGGAUCAAGGGAUACAUGACUUAUUACACUGUAUAUUUGGGAUCUUUGAAUAUUUCUGAAAUUUGUCCUGGUCAACAUGACUAGAAGUGGGCAAAAUGGCACUCAGUCAGCCAAUGUGCAGGUUUCACAGAACUUAUCAGAACAGGAAGUGGCAUUCUCUCCCUCUGCCUAACAGGAAGUUCUGUGAAACUCAGAAGCGGAUUCCAGUUCUGCUUCCUCUUCAGCCUACCACGCACAUCUCCUUGCUAAACCCAACUGCAAGACCUUCCUGGCACUUAGGCCAAGGAAGAAAAUAUAUCAAUUUCCCACCCUUUGGGGUAGGAAAGUUUGGAAGAAUGAAUAUCUCUCCCUUAUCUAAAAAAAAAAGGAUAAAAAGUCAUCCCAGCAUCGCUAAUGUCCUGGGCAUAUGGGCCAUGCAGGAGUCCAACUCCACAUGUACAUAAGAGAAUAAACAGCCAUGUAUUACCAAA